GGAACAAAUAGAAAUAACACCAUUAGAGAUGGGCUCUUUAGCAAAUGAAAAACCUCAUGCAGUGUGCAUGCCAAUUCCAGCACAAGGCCACAUAAACGCCAUGAUGCAGUUUGCUAAGGUCCUCCAUUUGCAUGGUUUCUUCAUCACCUUCAUCCACACUGAGUUCAACUACAAACGAAUACUCAAGUCAAGAGGCCCUUCUUCUUUACAAGGCUUGCCAGAUUUCCAAUUCAAGACGAUACCAGAUGGUCUCCCGCCGUCUGAUGAGAAUAUCCCUCAAGAUGUCAAGCAAGUUUGUCAAUCAACACAAGAAAAUUGUGCCAUUCCCUUUCACAACCUCGUUGUCAAGCUCAACAACAGCAGUGCUUCCGGUGUACCUCCGGUCUCAUGCAUCAUUUCGGAUAUCAUCACCAAGUUCACUUUGCCAACAUCCCAAGAGCUUCAUAUCCCUAACAUCUUCCUCUGCUCUGUGAGUGCAUGUGGUUUUUGGGGUUUCUUCAACUACCAACAGCUCAUGGAUAAAGGCUUAAUCCCUUUCAAGAGUGAAGAUGAUCUUGUCAAUGGGUAUCUCAACAAAGAGGUGGACUGGAUUCCAGGGUUGAAGAACAUGAGGAUCAGGGACAUGCCUAGUUUCUUAAGAACAACUGAUCCAGAAGACUUCUGGUUUAAAUUCCUGAAAGAUGAGACACAGUGUGCGAUGCAUGCAACUGCGAUAAUCUUCAACACUUUUGAUGAUUUAGAAGGAGAAGUUCUUGAAACCAUGUCUCCAGUGCUACCACCUAUGUAUAGUGUUGGUCCUUUGAGCUUGAUCUUGAAAGAGAUGCCAACCAAUCCUCUUGAAUCAGCAGGGUCUAACUUGUGGAAAGAGAACCCAGGUUGCAUUGAAUGGUUGGAUGGGAAAAAAGAAGGGUCUGUGGUGUAUGUGAACUUUGGAAGUAUAACAGUGAUGAGCAAUAAACAAAUGGUGGAGUUUGCAUGGGGGCUUGCUAACUGUGGGCAUGACUUCUUGUGGGUGAUUAGGUCUGAUCUUGUGAAGGGUGAGAAUGCAGUGCUGCCAGAAGAGUUCUUCAAUGAAAUCACUGAAAGUGGGAGGGGAUUUCUAGCAGGUUGGUGUCCUCAAGAGAAGGUCCUAAUGCAUCCAUCAGUGGGAGGGUACUUGACACAUUGUGGAUGGAACUCAACCAUGGAAAGUAUUUGUGCUGGUGUACCUAUGAUAUGUUGGCCAUUCUUUGCAGACCAACAAACCAAUUGUCACUAUGCAUGCAGUGAGUGGGGAAUUGGCAUGGAGAUUGAGAACAAUGCCAAGAGAGAUGAGGUGGAAGGGAUGAUAAGGGAGCUGAUGGAUGGAGAUAAGGGGGAGGAUAUGAAGAAGAAGGCACUUGAAUGGAAGAGACUUGCAACAAUGGCAGCGAAACAAGAUGGUUCAUCUAUGAAAAAUCUCAAGACACUGAUCAGUCAAGUGCUACUGUCAAAGCAGUGAAUCUAGCUACUUUCUAGGUUAAUCAGCAGUGCUUGUUUUGUUUUUCUUAAUAAAGAGUUUGAAGACUCUAGCUAAAUUUUACUUUUUAUCUC